AUGCAUAAAUUAGAAAUUUACAUUUUCUUGCUUACAAUAGGAUUAUUUCAAAUAACCUGGGGAUGUUUUAUUGUACAACCGAAAAAUAAAACAAGAGUUAUUUUGACCUAUGCAUCACAAUUUGUCACUUGCUGUGACGGAUACAAAGAAGAUGAGAACAAUGAAUGUGUACCGUUAUGUAAAGAUUGUGGUCCAGAGGGUAAAUGUCUUUAUCCAAAUGUAUGCCUUUGUCAGCCCGGCUAUACAAAUAUAGGUGACCGUGGUGAAUGUAUUCCUGAAUGUACUACAAAUUGUGUUAACGCGACAUGUAUUGCGCCCGAUACUUGUAAAUGCUAUGAAAAUUUCACAUUUGUCGAUGAUAGUACAACUACCUGUUCAUAUGCAUGUGAAAAGGAAUGCAUUAAUGGUUAUUGCUCCGGUCCAAAUAAAUGCACAUGUAAUGAUGGAUAUGAAAUAUCAAAACUAAAUUUAUAUAAAUGUGAUCCAAUAUGUGAUGGCGGUUGCAUUAACGGUGUGUGUACAGAUGUCAAUGAAUGCACUUGUAAUAAGGGAUAUGCUUUAGUACCAGGAAAAAUUUCAAAAUGUGAACCAUACUGUAGUAGUGGUUGUUCAAAUGGAUAUUGUACGUCACCCGAAAAUUGUACAUGUUUUAAUGGUUAUCGUAAUAUUAAUAAUGAUUCCACAUUAGGAUGUGAACCAUUUUGUAAAAAUGGUUGUAUAGGUGGUACAUGUUCUGGCCCAAAUCAAUGUGUUUGUAAUCCUGGCUUCAUUUUCGUAACUGGUAGUAAAAAUGUUUGUGAACCGACUUGUGAAAAAGGUUGUGAAAAUGGUUUUUGUUUAAAGCCAUACGUCUGUGAAUGCCACCCAGGUUAUAUUAAAUCGGCACCACAUAAAUGUACACCGACUUGCAACGAAACUUGUGUAAAUGGAUAUUGUUCUGCUCCGAAUACUUGCACAUGUUUUAAAGGAUAUACAUUGAAAAAUAAUAAUACAAAUGAAUGUGAACCACAUUGUAAAAAAAAUUGUAUGAAUGGAAUAUGUCUUAGACCGGAUUAUUGCAAAUGUGUUGACGGAUUCACUGAAUUCCUACCAUACAUUUGCAUACCAAAAUGCAAUCCAGUAUGUAAGCAUGGUUUAUGUGUUGGACCAGACAAAUGUAAAUGCUUUUCUGGAUAUAAAUUAAGUAUUAGGGAAAAUAAUACAUGUGAACCAAUAUGUUCAAAGGGAUGUGAAUUCGGUACUUGUUCAUCACCAAAUACAUGUGAUUGUUAUCCUGGUUAUAGAAAAAAAUUAUUUACUGGGCGCUGUGAGCCAUACUGUCCUUUCAGAUGUAUUAAUGGUAACUGUGUUGUUAUAAAUGGAGUUUCAACUUGUACUUGUAAUACAGGAUACAUAAAAAAUUCUAUGAAUGAAACAAUUUGUGAACCAAUCUGUGAUCCAAAAUGUGUAAAUGGUAUUUGUGUUGAACCAAACGUGUGUGAAUGUUUGCCAGGAUACGAAGAUACUAAAAAUAGAAUAAAUUAUUGUGAACCAAAAUGUAGACCACUUUGUGAGAAUGGAGUUUGUAUAGCACCAAAUACUUGUCAAUGUAAUGAUGGAUAUGCUGUUUCACAAAAUAAUCAACCACAUAUUUGUGACCCUUUGUGUGAGGAACGAUGUAUUAAUGCUAAAUGUAUUAAACCAAAUGUAUGCGAGUGCCUUUAUGAAUAUGAAUUUAUGUAUAAUAGUACUAAUGCAUGUAUCCCAAAAUGUCUUUUUACUUGUCCAAAUGGGGUUUGCGAAGACAUUGAUAUGUGUAUAUGCCAUGAAGGUUUUAUACAUGCACCCGGUGAUAUAUUUACAUGUAUACCAGAAUGUGAUCGAAAUUGUGGUAAUGGAACAUGUAGACUACCAAAUAAUAUUUGCACAUGCCCAAUUGGAUUUAAAUUUGAUGAUACAAUAACACCACAAUGUUUAAAAAUUGUUGAUAAUACUGCUUUUGUAAAGUUAAGACGUUUUAAUGAAAAUGGCGGUCAUAUUGCAAAAUAUAUUUUAUUAAUUAUAAUUAUUGCCAGUCUUGUAUUAAUUGCAUUAUUUGGUUAUACAAAAUUACGUAAUUCAAAUAUAUUUGGUUUAAGUGGAAGAAGAAGAAAUACAAGAAAUGUUAAUUCAUUAAUACCAAAUCCAGUUUAUAAUGUAGUAAUGCCAAAAAUUGAUGAAGAUACUGAAUAUAUUAAAGUUGAAAGUCAAGCAAUAUGUACUAAAACUAUUACAGUACCAGAAAAUUAUAAAGCGUGGGAAACUUUUACAUAUACCGUGACAUUUAGAAGUUGGUUUGUUGUAAAAACAAGAUUACAUACAGCUGGUCAUUGGAUUGAUAAAGUUCGUUAUUUGACUAAAAGUGAAAUGGUUUGCUGUCAGGGAUAUGCACAACAAAAGCAUACUUAUCAUUCUUUAUUAUGUGUUCCAAUAUGUGAUGAGAUUUGUUUAAAUGGAAAAUGUACAGCACCAAAUCAUUGUACAUGUUCUGAUGGUUAUGAAAGGAAAACUCUUUUUGAAUUAUUCAUUUUAAGGAUAAAAACAGAAAGAAAAAAAACAAUGUCGACUCUAACGAUUAUCAGUUCGUAUUUAAUCGUUUUAUAUUUUACGGUAAAUAUUAGAACGGGUCAAGGACAAAUAUAUUGCAAUGUAACAAAAUGGGAAAUUGUUACUGUGAAUUUACCAGAAACCUAUGUAGAACGAAUAACUUAUCGUAGUACAUUUGGUUAUACGAAAUAUCGUACACAGGCAGCAACUCGAAUGGUCACUAAAUCUGAAUAUCGUCCAAAGUUGGUUGAAGGAUGCUGUAAGGGAUAUUCGAAAAGACGUAAUGGUGAAUGUGUACCAGAAUGUCAACAGAUUUGUUUAAAUGGAAAAUGUACUGCACCAAAUGUAUGCAGUUGUGAAGAAGGAUAUGAAUAUUUGACUCAAUUUAAGUGUCAACCAAAAUGUAACAAUUGCAAUCAUGGUGUAUGUGUAGCACCAGGAAUUUGUAAUUGCUAUCCAGAUUUUAAAAAAUCAGAUAAUGGUACAUGCGUUCCAGUAUGUCAUAGUGAAUGUAUUAAUGGUUAUUGUUCAGCUCCAGAUAUAUGUUCAUGUAAUGAAGGUUAUUAUUUAAAUGAAACAAUAAAAUAUGCAACGGAAAGUAUAAUAAAUCAAUCAUCAUCAUCACGUAUGAUAUGUCAACCACAUUGUAAUAAAAAUUGUGAAAAUGGUUAUUGUUCAGCACCAAAUAUAUGUUCAUGUAAUGAAGGCUAUAAAAAAAAUGAAAAUGAUCAAUGUAUACCAGAUUGUAGUUUUGGUUGUGAUAAUGGUAUUUGUAUUGGACCAGAACAAUGUAUUUGUAAUCCAGGAUAUGAAUUUAACGGAGAUUCAAAACAAUGUGAACCAAUAUGUUCAAAUGGCUGUUUUAAUGGUAAUUGUAUUGAGCCGGAAAUUUGUGAAUGUAAUAUUGGUUUUAAAAUGAAAAUUGGAUCAGUAUCAUAUUGUGAACCAUAUUGUGAUCCAGACUGUGAUGAUACAGAAUUUUGUAAUUCACCAAAUGAAUGUCGUUGUGCUCUCGGUUAUAGAAGAGAUGAAAUAACAUUAAAAUGUCUGCCACAUUGUUCUGAAGAAUGCGUUAAUAGUAAUUGUACUAGCCCAUAUGAAUGUACAUGUUUGGAAGGUUAUAAAAAAGAUUCAAUAUUGGCGAAUAGAUGUAAUCCAAUAUGUAAUGAUUGUAAUGAUGAUGAAUGUAUUGGACCAAAUAUAUGUAUUGGUAUGGAAAUUGAUUUAGAAACAUCAACCUUACCUAAUACAAUAGAAGAAUUAUACACUGUGGAAACAAUCGAAAAUGGUGAUAUAUUGUUUCACCAAUCAGAAUUUGAAUAUAACAAUAAGCAUAUUGUCGUAAGUUCAAGUACAGAAUCUGAUUUUACAAUAUACCGUCGUUCACGUAUUUGGAAUGAUAACACUUGCCAUACAAAUUGUAUUAAUGGAAUAUGUUUAAAUGGUAAUUGCUAUUGUGAAAAUGGUUAUAGUGGAAUUGAUUGUCCUGAAUUUUGUGAAAAUAAUUGUACAAAUGGAUACCGUUUUGAGGAGAAUGGAACAUGUACUUGUUUUGAACAAAUUUUCUCAAAUGAUAUAAAAUUAAAUAAUUUUAUUUGUGAUUCAUUUUGUAAUAAUACAUUUAAUGAAUCUGAAUUUUAUAUAUGUGUACUACCAGAACAAUGUAAUUGUUUAGAAGGAUAUCGAAAAAAUACAUUUGGUUUAUGUGUUCCAAACUGUGGUUCUGAUGUUUCUUCAACAUAUUCAAAUAAUAAUAAUAAUAAUGAUGAUGAAUCAAUAUCAUUUGGUUGUAUAAAUGGUACAUGCGUAGCACCAGAUAUAUGUGAAUGUAAUAAUUCCGAUAUGAUAUUAAAUCCACAUAAUAAAUUUGAAUGUAUUGAAAUGAAAGGUUCAAUAUCGAAUGCUGUUCUAAGAGAGGCUAUGAGGGAUGCAAAUAUUGUACGAAAUAUAUGGUUUGCAUGCUUAAUUAUUUUAGUUUUAACUAUAAUAAUUAUAUUAUCGGUAAUAGUUUAUAAAAAGCAAAAGAAUUAUAAUGUCGAUAAAAAAGAAAAAGAAUUUGGUGCUUACCGAUACAAAAAUGGAAAUCUUUGUUAUGAUGAUCCAAAUUAAUUAAAUUUUAUUUAUUUAAAAUUCAAAAGAGAAAAAAUAUUAUAUUAAAAUUUUUAAUUAUUUAUUGAAAAUUGUACAUUCGAAUUGUGAUGACUUUAUACCUAAUUAUUUUAUAAGUGCCCAUAGUUUAAGUAUUUCUGAAAUUUUAGGAUAGAAAUGAAGACAAAGAAGAUAAACAGUAUAAUUUUAGAUUAUAAUAAUUUGUAUUUUUUUAUUUUAAAUAUUUUUGAUAAUAUUUUCCAAAUAUACAUAAUAUGUAUUAUAUUAAUUAGCCUUAAAUAAGUAUAAAAGGUUAAGUUUUAUUAUAAUAAAAAAUAAUUAUU